ACAGGUGUGUUUAUUAUUUAAAGUUAAUAUUUACAAAACAAAACGUUGCAACGGUUUAAAAUCGCAGCAGCAUUACCAUUGCAAAUACAUUUGUACUUCACUUAGAUGGGUUAUUUUUUCCGUCAGACAAGACAUGUAUUAAUGAUCUAGUUCCAUUUAAAUGAACGAUCCUGUGGUGAAAUUUAAUCUGUUGAUGGCAUUGAUUUUUAUUUCAAAGAAAGCCCAAACUACAAUGUGUGGGAUAGUAACUUUAGUGUACAUUUAAGUUGAGUGUUAACACGUUGUUAUGUCGUGUGAGCACUUGGAAUCUACUCCAAUCAAUAAUUGUGUGUAACAGCCGUGCAUAUAACUUUUGUUUUCAUCAUUUCUUAACUGCAACUUUGACAGUCUUUAUAUAGACAUUGUGAUAAGGCAAUUCUGCGUUGUGACCUCGUAGAUGACAUUCUGAUUCCUUCAUCAUUUUGGGCUAAUGUUAUUGAUUAUUCAGGGUUCGAAUUGAUAAAUGUGUUGAUAGGUAGAUUAACAGACGCUUUAAUGGCAUAAUACAAUGUGAAUAAGUAUUUGAAUGUUUUCUUUACAUAAGACGAGUUAUCAGAAUGAAUAGUUCAGUAGUACAAACAUUAAUCUUUCAGGCAUUGGUAAUGACAGAUAAUAUUGACAACAUACCGAAAUAAUCUAAAAAUGUCUUUGUGCUUUAAAAUACUUUAAGAGCAUGAGGGUAAAAAUAUUUGGUUGUUUAACAACUAAAUACUGCUCCGAAUAAGUAAUGACGCACACAAAUUAGAUAUUAAUCCACGUUGUGCGGAUAUAAAGUUUGAUACAUUACUGCAGAAAAAGUGCAACAGCGGGUAAAAUAAUUUAAUAUUAACAUAUUAACAAAAGAGCUAAUAGAUGAGUCAUACUUGAAAUAAUUGAUUUUAAUAUAAUUAUAUUUAACAUAUUUUGGAAAAAGGAAAAAGUUAUUAAAUUGUGCAUGGAGAAAUUUUAAAAUUAUAUUUAACGAAGACUUUUUUAUGGAUUAUCUUUAACGGCAUGUAGUUUGAUCUUUUCUUUCUUAUGUAUAAAGUAUAUUGAUAUAUUAAUCCAAUUUGAGAUAAAAUUUAUAUGUUGCAUGUUGUAUUGUUUCUGUAAACUGAAUGCUUUUUAGUUUAAAAAUAAAUUUACUGCCGUUGUUCAUUUGGUUCAUUUGCUAAUUGUUACAUGUUUUGUUUAUAUUUAAAUUUCUAAAAUUAGAAAAUGAAGUGUGUGAGCGAUCGAUUGAUCGAGUGAGCGAGCGGGUAAUGAGUGAGCUUGGAUGUAAGAAAGUAAGUUGGUAAGCAAGUCAAUAAAUAAGUAUUUGAGGAAGGAAGUAAGAAAGAAAGUAAGAAAGACUGACAAAUUAAGUAAAGUAAAGUAAAGAAAAGCAAGUAAUCAAUCAAGUAAGGAGUAAGCAUAAUGAGUGAAAAUGUAAGUAUGUGAAUCAUUGAGUCACAACAACAACUAGUAAGCUAAAACCAAAACCGUUAAUAUUUGAGGCCUUUGGCAUUCCUACUACAAUACCAACCUUACUUGUCUUUGACCUAAUUCAAUAGGAUAUCUGCCACGGACCUUUGACGAACAAUGAAGGGUUUAAUUAUUUAGUGGUAUAGAAACUUCCUUCAAAUGUGUUGCUUGAUUCCAUUCAAUCCCAUAUUUUGUUAUACAGUUUUAAUAACAAUUUUGACACAAUUAAGUCUAAAAUAUCACACACAAAUAAUUUCUUUUAUCUUAAAUUUUGUUCUGUCAGUUUUGUUACAAAUUCUCUUCAAGUCGCUAUAUACAAAAUAAACAUUCUCUUUACAUUGAUCGAGGUUCUUAAUGUUUUCCAAAACCUGCCUGUAUUAGCCCUUAAUAUCUAUUUCUAAUGAAAACUUACUUGUUAAUUUUUGCUUAUUACAUUUUAAUAUAUAAAUGUUGUUCGAAAUAUUGAAAUUGUAUCUUACUUUUACUCUUCACAUUUUUCUUUCCAAGUGUCAAACAAAUGCAUGAAUACCUUUGACGCUGGUAUUUGAUACUUUUGAAAAAUUUGAUUACAUAGCCAAUUUGUUUUACGAGAAAUGGUAAUCAUUAAUUGCUUUGUGUUGAUAUCAUACAUAAUUUCAACUUUGGUUAACCAGAGGUCGAUAUUAUCAUCUCUUUCAAAUUAGAAAUUAAUCAAAUGGUAUUAGAAGAAGAAAGAAAUGAUGUAAAUUUUAGUUAUACAAAUCAGUACCAUGUAUAAUGAACCGCCCAAAGAAAAUAUCUAUGACCAAAAACAGAACUUAGGUUAAGCAAGACCCAUCUACGUAAUUAAUAAUGGAAGUAGACCAUUCAUUCAAUUUGUUCGAAACAUGUUUUGUAUCAUUAACUCUUACCUCUUACGAUUGUGGCUACUCUAUUGUUUUCUCUAUUGUUCUAUUUAGCCACACAAAAGAAAAUAGCCACAUAAAAGCAUUACGGAAUGUCCAGAGGAUAACUCAAAAAGCCUUUGAGAUAUCACUAUAAAACUUCAUGGGUGGAUAAAAUCGUAAGGCGGCGGGGAUAUAGAAAUAGUCUCCGUCCGUCUGUCCACUCUUACAGGACAGUAAUAAUGUGACUAGAGGGACAAUAGGUACCUGUUCUUUCUCUUUGAUGUCAUUAAUUCUGUAAUUCUUCUAUGUGGAUAUUUUCUUUGUGUGGCUAAAAGUAACAAUAGAGAGAACAAAAGACUAGCCGCAAUAUUACUGUCCUGUUAGAACAUCUGGACGUCCGUCCGUCCAUCUGUCCGUCCCAUAUUUUUGUGGAAGCAUAUCUAACAAAGUAUUUGAGGUAUCAACUUAAAACAUCAUAGGUGGAUAGAUCGAGUGCACAAGAAUGAUAAUGAUAAUGCCACUUUACCAUGCACAAUUUUUCAGUUAUUGCUCUUUGUCCCUUUUUUUUAAACUUAAUUUUUCUCCAAAGCAUAACUCAAAAGCCUUUGAGAUAUCAACAUGAAACUUCAUGGGCGGAUGUAUCUCACUCAGGAGGUUUGCAGUGCACAAUAAUGAUAACUCUACCCCUCAUAAUAAUUUAGUUAUUGCCCUUUGUUAUUUUCCAUACUUAAUUUUUCAUCUGAUUGAAGCAUAAGUAAAAAAAGGCUUUGAGAUGUCAACAUAAAACUUCAUAGGUGGAUUUAUCUUAUUGAGGAUGAAUGCUAUGUGUAACUCUACCCUUUAUAAUUUUUGAGUUAUUGCCCUUUUUUAUUUUUCAUACUUUUUCUCCGGAGCUUAUCUCAAAGCGUGUAAGACGUAUUAAUUUGGAACUUCAUAUGUGGAUAUAUCUCAUUGAGGAGGUGUGCAGCACACAAGAAUGAUAACCUUUCAUGCAUAAUUUUUCAGCUUCAGUUGGUGCUAGGGGGCGUGUACGGUAGAUUGCCUUUUCAAGUACAGUCAAGGAACAUGCUCAGUCAAACCAAGCCUGGAACAUUUUCAAUUUUGCCGUUUACAAAUUGAAGAUUUGAUUUUUACCUAUUAUUGCCGAAUCCUGAUACACGAUUUCCUGUUUCCUUCGAUUGAAGAACAAAACGAAGCCAACUCUUUCAUUUGCUUGAAUUCACAUUGAAAAGUGCAAUACUGCAAGGAUUUAUGAUUGUUUAAAAACCCUAAACACAGCUAAUCACUUCAUAAGUUUAGUAAACAGAAUGGUGAAACUUUUCACGAUACGACGGUUACAGAAAUACACGAUUUUUGCAACUUUUACAUUUUUCGUGUUAACAAUAUUCACACAUUUAUUUGUACAUUUUGAGCAAAGUGACACGGAAUAUUUCAAUCUGGAUAAUUAUGCUUUUUUUGAAGAUGCUAAGGAUUUAAAGUAUCCUGUUAAGGUACAGCCUUAUUUAUUUCGACUUAUAAAUGCUUCUAAUCCAAGUGUUCCUUUAACUGUAAGUGCACCAUAUCUUAUUGAGAACCCUAAUCUCUGCCGUUCUGUGAAGCAUCUAACGGUGCUUGUUGUAGUUAAUUCAGCGACAGACCAUUUUGAACAGAGACAAAGCAUAAGAACAACCUGGACAAACGACACGUAUUAUUCGUAUUUAGCAACAGUCAGAGUUGUGUUUCUUGUCGGCAGAACUGUGAGUCAAGUUGUCCAAUCUGCGCUUGAAAUGGAGUUUGAAAAGUAUAAGGAUAUUGUACAAGGAGAUUUUAUAGAUUCCUACAACAAUCUUACACAUAAAGGUGUGAUGGGGUUUAAAUGGAUUACGGAGAGAUGUCGAAAUGCGGAAAUGAUUCUGAAAGUAGAUGACGACAUUGUAGUUAAUAUGUUUCUAUAUAUCUAUAAAUUAAAACAUUCUGAAGCGCUGCAAAAGGCAAACGUAUAUUGUGAAUACAAAUCUGAUAUUGUAGAAAGAGAUGUUACAUCCAAAUGGUAUGUUGAUGAAAAUCAUUUCAAGGGAGUAAAAAGAUAUCUGGAAUUUUGCAAAGGAAAAUUUGUGAGUAUGACGAAUGAUAUAAUGCCAUCUUUAUAUCUCGCCGCUUCGAGGUCGCCGUUUUUUCAUCUCGAUGACGUUUUGUUGUUUGGAUAUGUCCUGCAUAAGAUUCCAGGAUUGAAAUAUCAAACGUUCAGUGACGGAGAUUGGCAGGGAAAAACUAAUGCAGUAAAACACUGUUUGGAUGUCAAACGGGAAAAAUGUACAUACAUUGCUAUGCAGGCAAGUUAUAAGGAAGACGUAUCAACCAUUUGGUCAAAAGUGGUCAGAUACUUUAGAAAACGCUGUUAAUUAGAGGUUAAUUCUUGGUUACAACACGCCAUUAUGCGAUAAUUGCCCAAAGAUGUACAUUUUAAUAGUAUCCAUCAAUUGUUAGACGAAAAAUGUUUCCAAUUAUUCCUAUAAUUAAGCAAAUUUUCUACACCAAAGCAAAUAGACCACAAGAAUUCAGCUAUUCUAUUUGAAGAAAGGAAAUCACGAUUUUCAACGAUUUUUAUCAGGCAAACAGACAUUUCGGCGCUCAUGACUAUUUAAUAAAAAUUAAAAUCAAUGCUGACUGCAUCAAACUUACACUCGAACUAUCUAUCUAUGUGAUUUUUGUUUUUGUUGUUGUUUUUUUCCUCACGCAAAAUCAAUGACUUGUCUGACUUUACAGAUAAUGAUGAGAUGUUGCUUGAUUGAUAUGUACAUAAAUAUUAAAGAAAAAUCACACGAAAAAAUUGGCCAUCUCAGUCGGGACUUGAACCACGGGUCUCUUAUUGAUUUCCAACUUAUGCUUACCAAUGCAUCACAGUGGCAAUUGGGUUUACACCUUAUAUAUUUAAGUUAUUUUAACCUUAUUGUGACGUCAUUUAAUGGACUGGAAAGUGAGACCUGUUUAAUGAUCUACUAUUUAAGGUGAACUUUACUGUAAGUUUACUGAAAUAAACAAACAGGCAAUUACAAUUUAUUAUUGAAAUACUACUUUAAUUGACUGUUGACAAAUUAUAAUAUGUAAAUCAAAAACGUGUUACAUGUCAUUUUGAUCUAACAUCGGUAGAAUAUCAUGAAUGUAUGUAUGUUUGUACGUACGUACGUUUGUUUGUGGUUUUUUUAGUUUUUGUUUUUUUCUCACGGAAAAUCAAUGACUUGUAUGACUUUACAGAUAAUGAUGAUUUUGGCAAAUGCGUUUUUGUAUUCAGAUGUUGUAUGUAUGUAUGUGUGUAUGUAUGUAUGUAUGUAUGUAUGUAUGUAUGUAUGUAUGCAUGUAUGCAUGUAUGCAUGUAUGUAUGUAUGUAUGUAUGUAUGUAUGUAUGUAUGUAUGUAUGUGUUUUGUUGUUGUUCUUAUAUUUUUUCUCACGCAAAAUCAAUGACUUAUCUGACUUUACAGAUAAUGAUGAUUUGGCAAAUGCCUUUUUUGUAUUCAAAUGUUUUGAUAUGUUUGCUUGAAAUAUUACACACAAAAAAACACAUGAAAAAUUGGCACGCUGCAGCCGGGACUCGAAUCAUGGAUCUCUGGAUUGCCGAUCCAGUAUGCAAACCAUUACAAUGCAAACCAUUUCGUAUCUAAAUUAUUUUUUAAUUAUUGUCACAUCAUAUACUCAACUGGAAACUGGAAAGAGAAGUAGAUCGGGUUAACGAUCUAAUGUGUAAGGUGAAAUGUACUUUACGUUUACUGAAAUUUAUUGACAACCAGUUGACUUUAUAUAUGUAUUUAUGUGUGUUUUAUUUUUUCUAACGCAAAAUCAAUGACUUUUCUGACUGCACAGAUAAUGAAGAUUUUUGCAAAUGCCUUUCUGUAUUUAGACGUUUUAAUAUGCUUUUGAUAUGUUGUACCAUAGCGGCCAUUGCGUUUGUUCCUUAUAUAUUUUAAUUACUUUUAACUUAUUUCGACUUUAUAUAAUCGACUGGAAAGUGAACACGGGUUUAAGGUGAACUAUAAUUUAGGUUUACUAAAAUAAACAAACAUUUAUAUAAAAUUUAUUAUUGAAAUAAUACUCUAAUUUACCGCCCGUUGACAAAUAAAAAAACAGAUAGAAAGCUCGUUACAUGUCAUUUUGAUCUACCAUUGGUAAACAUCAAUCAAUUUUUAGACGACAAAUAUUCAAUUUGUACUGAAUUCCUGUAAUUUAACAAAUGUUCUUCACCAAACCAAAUAGACCACAAGAAUACAAUUAUUACAAAAAAUCAAAAUCACGAUUUCUAACGAUUUUAUAACGGGUCAUGGUUUUUAAAUAAACAAUUUUAAAUCAAUUCUGACUGCUUCAAACUCGGCAUAUGUAUGUAUUUAUGUAUGUGUAUUGUUGUUUUUCUUUAUAUUUUUUUCACGCAAAAUCAAUGACUUAUCUGACUUUGCAGAUAAUGAUGAUUUUGGCGAAUGCCUUUUUGUACUCACAUGUUUUGAUAUGUUUGCUUGAAAUAUAUAUAAAUAUUACAGAAAAAAACACGGAAAAUUGGCACGCUGCACCGGGACUCGAAUCAUGGGUCUCUGGAUUGCGGAUCCAGUGUGCAAACGACUUCACCACAGCGGUCAUUACAUAUCUAAAUUAUUUUUGAAUUAUUGUCACAUCAUAUAAUCAACUGGAAACUGGAAAGAGAGAUCGGGUUAACGAUCUAAUGUUUAAGGUGAAAUGUACUUUACGUUUACUGAAAUUUUUGAAAUAAUACUCUUAUUGACCACCAGUUGCCAUAUGUAUGUUUUUAUGUGUGUUUUAUAUUUUCUAACGCAAAAUCAAUGACUUUUCUGACUGUACAGAUAAUGAUGAUUUUUGCAAAUGCCUUUCUGUAUUUAGACGUUUUAAUAUGCUUUUGAUACUUUGUACCAUAGCGGCCAUUGCGUUUGUUCCUUAUAUAUUUCAGUUACUUUUAACUUAUUUCGACUUCAUAUAAUCGACUGGAAAGUGAACACGGGUUUAAGGUGAACUAUAAUUUAGGUUUACUAAAAUAAACAUCAUAUAUAUAAAAUUUAUUAUUGAAAUAAUACUCUAAUAUACCGCCCGUUGACCAAUAAAAAAAAUGGAUAGAAAGCUCGUUACAUGUCAUUUUGAUCUACCAUUGGUAAACAUCAAUCAAUUUUUAGACGACAAAUAUUCAAUUUGUACUGAAUUCCUGUAAUUUAACAAAUGUUCUUCACCAAACCAAAUAGACCACAAGAAUACAAUUAUUACAAAAAAUCAAAAUCACGAUUUCUAACGAUUUUAUAACGGGUCAUGGUUUUUUAAUAAACAAUUUUAAAUCAAUUCUGACUGCUUCAAACUCGGCCUAUGUAUGUAUGUAUGUAUUUUGUUGUUGUUCUUACGCAAAAUCAAUGACUUAUCUGACUUGACAGAUAAUGAUGAUUUUGGUAAAUGCCUUUCUGUAUUCAGAUUUCUUAUAAUAUAUAUAAAAUUACAGAAAAAAACACACGAAAAAUUGGUACGCCUUAGUCGAACUUGAACCAAGAGUCUCUGGAUUGCCGAUCCAGUAUGCAAACCACUACACCACAGCGGCCAUUUCGUAUUUAAGUUAUUUUUGAUUUAUUGUCACAUCAUAUAAUCAACUGGAAACUGGAAAGUUAGAUUGGGUUAACGAUCUAAUGUUGAAGGUGAAGUAUUGAAAUAAACAAGCAUGUAGUUGCAAUUUAUUAUUGGAAUAAUACUCCAAUUGA